AAAACAAGGUUCUAUCAAGCUAAGACAUGGACAAUACAGUUUUUCUCUCUCCACCUACCCAAGCAUUAUUUAUAUUCUUUCGUGGGUGUUAAGCAGUUCGAGGCAACAUCAUUUAUCGGCAGCUCUUUCAUUCUAAGCUUCUCCGUCUUAGACCAAUUUUCUCCAGAGAAACCAUGGGAGACACCUUGCGCUUGGCAGUUGGCGUAAUGGGGAAUGCAGCUUCCUUGCUACUGUAUGCAGCACCCAUAUUAACUUUCAAAAGAGUCAUAAGGAAGAGAAGCACCGAAGAGUUUUCAUGCAUUCCUUAUAUUAUUGCACUAUUGAAUUGCCUCCUAUAUACUUGGUAUGGUCUACCUGUAGUAAGCCACAGGUGGGAAAAUUUCCCUGUGGUUACAAUUAAUGGCGUUGGGAUCCUUCUAGAGUCUUCCUUCAUUAUCAUAUACUUCUGGUUUGCUUCAGCAAGAGGAAAGAAGACGAUUUGCUUGAUGGAAGUGCCUAUGAUCAUGAUGUUCUGUGCCAUAGCAUUAGUGUCAACAUUUGCUUUGCACGAUCAUCAUCAUCGAAAGGUAGUUGUUGGCAGUAUAGGACUAGUGGUCUCUGUGGCUAUGUAUGGCUCACCAUUGGUGGCCGUGAAGAAAGUGAUACAGACAAAAAGUGUUGAAUUUAUGCCGUUCUACCUAUCCUUAUUUUCAUUUCUGGCCAGUUCUCUGUGGAUGGCUUAUGGAUUACUGAGUCAUGACCUUUUCCUUGCGUCUCCUAAUCUCUUAGGCAGCCCCUUGGGAGCACUCCAGCUUUUGCUGUACUGCAUAUACCGGAAAAGGAAAAUUAAUGUUGAAGAACCAAGCAAGAUAGAUUUAGAGAAGAAUUCAGGGAAGUCGAAACCUCAUCAAGAGCCAAUGAUCAAUGGCACUAAUGUCGAGAUUUGAUGAUGAUAAUCAGCUCAUAUUUAUAAAAGGUUCAUAAUUAAUUAAGAUUUCUUACGUUUCACUCAGUUUUGUUUUCUCUAAAUUGGGGUUACCUAAAGCAGGUAUAUAUUUUAUGUUAGUCUUGCAUAGAAUAUGGAGCACACAUCUACAUUAGUAAUGUAUGGAAUUAGAUCCCAUCAUUUAAUGGUGGGAACUGAUGCAUCCUUAUUUCUGCUGCAAAUAAAGUCUUGGGAAGUUGGGAUGAAUUCUGACGGUGCGUUGUAUAGUGUAGGAAUGAUGAAUUGGAGCCAGAUUCUUUAGGGGUGUUUGACAA